ACAAACUGAACCCUAAAUCUCACACAUUGAGGUCCCAGAAGCUCCGGGGGGUCAGUAGCUGCCGUUGGGCUCAUGACGUCACCCUGAUUAUAAACUUGCCAGAGCCCCGCCCCUCAGCCAAUCAGCAGCGGCGCCUCUCCACCUGCCUGGAAGCCACUUCCGCCAUUCCGAGCGUCUCCUGAGCCGAGCGCGUCUCUCCCGGGAGCCAAGUUCCUGCCAGUGAGUGAGUGAGGGUCACUGACCCGGUAUUGAGCCCAGUGUGUGUGGGGGGAGAGGAGCCCGAGUGCAGCGCGACCCCCGGUAACAGCAGCGGAUGAUCUGCCCCCGCCCGGGGCUCCGACCCAAACAAACAGCCCGGCGGGAAGUGGUGAGUGAGGAGCCGAGAGUGGGUCACGUGACGUCACCUGCGGGGAAUUGGGCCCCAGGAAUGGAGAAUCCGUUGGAUGUUUUGUCUCGGGCGGCCUCAUUGGUUCAUGCAGACGACGAGAAACGGGAAGCAGCAUUACGGAGUGACCCCAGGGUGCAGCCGCUCCCCAUGUCCUCUGCUCUAUCCAAUCACCGGACAGCGCCUCCCCCCAUCAGCCCCAGCAAACGGAGGUUCAGCAUGGACCAAGGAGACGACGAACUAGAGUGUGACAACGACCAUGUCUCCAAAAUGAGUCGGAUGUUUGCUCCGCACAUAACCAAGAGCCUUAACGGCGAUUACCGGAAAGAGCACAGAGACCGGAGCCGGAGCCCUAUAGAAAGAGCAGCAGCGCCGACCAUGAGUCUCCACGCCAGCCAUUUGUAUGGUAUCCCACCCCUGGCGGUGGAUCAGCCUCUGGCACUUACCAAAAACAGCAUGGAUGCUUCACGAAGCAUGGGAAUUGUGCCCCCCAUGGAACGGCAACAGAACCGACCUUCUGUGAUUACGUGUGCGCCGGCAAGUAACCGCAACUGCAGUCUGUCUCACUGCCCCACAGUCACCCACAGUGGUUGUGCCUCUGCUGCGCCAGGCAAUUUCCGACGGCCAUCGAACACUACGACUGCCUGUGACCCUGUGGUGGAAGAGCACUUUCGCAGAAGUCUCGGCAAGAACUACAAGGAACCGGAGCCCGUUGCCAAUUCUGUGUCUAUCACCGGUUCGGUUGAUGACCAUUUUGCCAAGGCCCUUGGAGAUACCUGGCUCCAGAUUAAAGCUGCCAAGGAUGGUGGGCCUAGUAGCCCCGAAUCUGCCUCACGAAGAGGUCAAUCGCCCCCUUCGGCUCAUAUGAUGAACCACAAUCACUCCCCAUCCGUCCUCUCCUAAAGAGACCUCCGAAAAAGCACCAUUAAAGAGCGAGUGCAUGAUAUGACUGAGCUACAGACCAGUGUCGGGGGGAAGCACAUCAAGUUGGGCUUUUCUUUAAUAACUUGUAUACUUAACCUGGCGUUUCUCCGAUGCCUUUACUCUCUAGCAGGAACAAUUGUUUUCUAAUAUUCUAUGGCGUCCUGCCUCUGUUACCAAAGAAACCUCCACUGCAGAUUUGCCGCCUGUUCUGAGAAAGAAAAAAAAAAAUCAUCAUUUUGCAGGAAGCGACGCUGUUGCGAAAGUGCUUCAAUCCAUGACUCUCCCUCUUUGCCAGCAUUUGUUAUGUGCUUAUUGGCGUGAGUGUUUCCCUUUCUCCAGUUGAGUUACAUUUGUUUGUAUUUACUUGAAAAAGGAUCAUUAAGUCUUGAUUUGCACUACGGAGGGCCAGCAUGGGGUUUGCCUGCCCGACUUUUCAUGAGAUGCGAAUAUUUAGAAAGGAAACUGCUAGAAAUGGAAGUGAAGGGGUUACGAGGGACGUGACUCUCCUUGUAGAAAGGGCACACACAUAGAGAACAUAGAAUCCUCUUUCCCAGUCUUCUUUCUCGUAACUGGACGGCAGAUCUUCUCAGAGACUGGCGGCGUGUGUUGUUUUGGUUGGCAGACAGGUCCGACAGGAUCACUCUGCAUUCUUUAUGGGAAAAUAAAAUAGCUGGUAUCUAUUCUACACUUCUUAACCUCCUCAGUCCUGGACAUAAUAACUUACUGCUGGCACAGUUUAACUUUGGAUAAGAUUUUAGUUUGGUUGCUACCGUUUUCUCGUGGUAACCAGGCCGAGCCUCCGGAUAGGCCAAUCCUAAUCAGUUUAUUAAUCUAUGAAUAUGUGUGGUACAGGACGCUUGGGCGUUCAUCUUGGUAAGCAAUGACUUCAUGUGCCCUUUGUGUGUGCGCUUGGUGAGCUUGUGAGUGGAACCGUAUCUAACCGGCUAAAUCUCUGUUACAUGUCGGACUGGGCUGCUGUGUCAUGCCAUUAGGAAUUUUAUUUAACCCUAUGUGGAAACCCAAGCCAAGGGUGUGUACAUUCCUCUUGUUAGACCCUGCCCCCUUAGCAGAAAAUAAUUCUUAACUCAAAGGUAAAGGCAAAGUAGACCUGGUUCAUUGCUUAGCUUUCUAGAAUGUAGUCCUUGUGUGCGGUGCAUCAUUCCGACGUCUUCAUUUUAGGGACUUUAGCACAUUAUAUACCACUGAGUUUAUUUUAAAGAGUGCAGGUAUUGCAUGGGCAGUGAUGUGUUGCAAAAUGCGUUGUGUUGGCUCAAGCUAGUACGUUGGCAGAAAGAGUCUGAGACUCGCUCGUAAGGUGAUGUACCAAGAAAGGGUCUCUGGGGUUAAAACACAUUUCACAAUCCUCAUUCUCGUUAACGCUUGGCAUCUACCCCCUACUCCCCGUAGGGCACACUAUAUAUAUAUAUAUAUAUAUAUAUAUAUAUAUAUAUAUAUAUAUAUAUAUAUAUAUAUAUAUAUAUAUAUAUAUAUAUAUAUAUAUAUAUAUAUAUAUACAUAUACACAACUAUCAGACCAUCAUUACGCUGUGCGUAACGUAUGUACAGAGAAAUUUGUAGGUUUUUUUUUUUUUCUCUUUGGAAGAACAAUUAAUUUGUUAAUGAAAUGUAGCUAUUUAAUUGUUUGCCUUUCUCUUAUUGUAAUCAUUAAUUUUUGUUCUGUUUUCGUUUGGAGAGAAAAAGUUGAUCUUUUUUUUUUUUUUUUGUAGAUUUUAUGUGUAUUUGUGAUACAGUAAAGUGCAGGAACACAGUUAAUCUAUGGAAACACUGCGUUUAGGAUUCCCAGCCCGCUAGUGCAUAGUAGUGCCACAGGCUACUCAACGUGGGGUCACUCGUGCCUGGAAAUGGGAACUGUGGGAGAAUGGGACUUUCUCAAAUCAAAUUUCAUGUUUUGGGGGAUUUUUGUAUAGAAAAGGAUGUGGUGUUUUGUACUAUUUCCUAGUAACUUUAUUAAAGUAGCCUGACUGGCCUAUCUGAGAUGGGCAACUCCCUGCAGGCAAUUAGGCACAAGUGACACAAUCAGAACACAACUCACGACUCACAACUGUACAGACACUUUGUAUUGUGUGAUGCAAUAGGCCAGCCUGUAACCUGGGGAAGGAAGUGCUUACAACUGGCAGGAUGUUAUUACCUGUGACAUCAUUGUUCAGAGAACAAAAACAAUUUGGAAUUCUGACAAAUGAAAACCAGGAAGGGGUGGGGGUGUCCCUCUUUUCAUUUUGAAUGAGCUGCUUUAUGACACAGAGCUGUUAUUUCAUGAUUUAACCAAAAAAAGUGUUUUGGUGCAAAACAGGAUAAUGAGCAGUUGCUCUGUGCCUGUAGUUUUAGGGGUGCCCACUUUUGCCCCCCCAGCAGCUGCCAUUGACUGGGACCACAGAUCUCCCCUGACUUCCAUAUCUUGGGGAACCCCUCCUGGUCCUGUUACCCCCCAUUCUCUCCUUUAUUGUUUGUGCAGAUGAACAAGAGAAGCAGCUUUGGGCCUAUGAGAUGAGUUGUACUUGAAGAGCAGCGUACAAACAAGUCCCACAGAGGAACAAUCUGCAUGACUUUUACUUUUUUCCAAAUAUUUCCAUGUUUGUAAAUCUGUAAAAUAGCGUUUCUGUUGUGGCCUCGAUUUGACUGAAACUGAAAGGAAAAAAAAAAGUUUGGCCGGGCCAUUUCUUUUUUUCUUUUUUUUUUGUACUUAAAGUAUAAAGUAGCCUUAAGAACAAUAAAGUGCUCUUAAACCAC